UUGUUUGCUACUAUUUCACGUAAAAUCUCCUGGACGGAUUAUUAUGAAAUUUGGUACACGCGUAGAAUAUAACCUGGAAGUUAUUCCAGGUUAUAUUAUUCCCACGGAAGCGAAGCUCCGGGGCGCAGCUAAUUAUAUUAAAUUUUACGCGAAAAUGUCUAUAUUAUGAUUUGACUUCGUUAUCUUUGCUGCGCUCGUUUGUAACAAAACGCUGUGUGUCUUUCUCUAUCUGGCGUGUUGUCGUAUUGAGUUGUAUUCGGAGCUUUACCGCCACGAAGCCCAGAACCAGGGUAAAGCCUUAAAAUUUUGAAAGUUCGGCUGUAAUUUUACGACCAGCCGGCAUCUGCUGGCAAAGCGUAUUAUCCUCCUUAUCCUAAUGUCGUCUGACCAUGGCAGAUACUUUAUUGUCGCUUCGUUUUCCUGGACUUAAAUAUAUUUUCUUAUUUUUAUUUCGUAUUUUAUGUCACAAUUAAUAGGUGACCAGGUGAUAAAAUACAAGAUUUCCAGUACAAGUUACGCCACUCUGGGUUCAGCCCAUAUGGGUGGCACUUUGUAGGGAUUUACGGAUACUUGGGUCCUUUCGACCGGCAGCCAGGAAAAAUGGACGGCUAUGCAUUAGGGAGGGUUGAAGGGUUUGAUCCUUUUUGCUCCAAAGUUAGGAAAUCAAUUUUCGAUUUAAUUUGCUUAUUACCCAAGCUCAGCGACCCAAAAUUUGUCUUACAUUAUGAUUAGUUUGUCUAUAAAAUAGAAGUACACAUUUAUCCCAACAAUUUAGCGAACGGACGACAGCUAAAAUUGAUAAUUUUGUUUGUCAUUUUUUUUACAUAGUUCAACUAUUUAACUUCUAGUUAUAUAGUUAAUAUAGUUAGUCAUGAAUGUGGCCACCAAUAAGGAUUCAUAGAUUUCCAUAUGCCUAUUUAUCAUCAAGUUUUUAAUGAGUUUUCAACAUUUUCUUAGAGUUAAUUUUUUUAAGUCGAAACGAUGGGACCAAGAGGAACAUAACCCCAAAAUGCUUGGUUGCGCAUAACACGAGGGUUAAGGUAACCUUAUUUUUAUUUUUGAGGUGUUAAAGUAGACAAAGAUUUACCUUCUUAUUAUGCCGCGUAGAAGUAAAUGUGUGAUGGUUGUGGUCAGUGAAUUCCUCGGGGGAUACAAAAGGCUGAUUUUAGGGUUCUGGGGCUUCGCACGGAAAGAACCAGUUAGUUAACAAAAAAAUGUUAUUUUGUAGUCAUAUUUUUUUCAAAAGAAAAGCUCUCUUAUAUAAGUAAGUGUCAUUAUAUUGUGACUCUAAAAAUAUACUUGAAAUAAUUUUAUGAACUAUUUGAAAACAUGUAUUUUGCAGUCAAAGAAAAAGCUUAUUACAUUACAAUAAAAAUUAUAAUCAAAGAGUUGAAUGAGUCUAACGAUAGAGCGAUCAUCGUGGCGACAUAAUGGUCAAAAACCGUCUAUUUAUUUAUAAGAAUUUCAUUCAACAAUAGUUUUAAGCUAUUCUCUGACUAAACGUCAAUUGACAGUCAAGAAUAAGUGCUUUUUUUUAUUUCAAAAAAUACAGUGUGCAGUGCAGUGCAGUGCUACGGUUGACAUAAUUUCAGACCUUUAGUAGUACUUACAACACAAGGGUGGCCACAUCGAUAGCACUCUUUACGAUCAAAUCGUAAAGUAAAUUUCACUGAUCCACUCAGAAAAAUGUCCAUGUUAUGUGUCUAUAAACCUUUUAUGUAUUUACGUCGGUAGGUGAGUCUAGCAAACAUAAUGUCGUCUGUGUUCAAAACAAAUCAAAAAAAUAUUGCUCUUAUGAGCCAUAAAUAUUAGACCAUAAAUAUUGUCAUGUACUUAAUUAUAUUUCAUUAAAAAGGAGGACCCAAAUUGUAGAUUUUACGUGAUGCGCGAACAAACGUACAGACAGCCAAAAAUUAUUAAAACAAAAUUUUUGGCUUUUGUUAGUCCCAUAAAGACUCACUCUAAUUAUUUUUCUUUACGUUUUGUACAGACAUAGCAUUCAUUUUUUUUUAUAUGUAGGUAAUCUUAUAGAAUAGAUUAAUCACCAUUUUGUAUUAAAGUCAAGCAUUUCUAAAGCAUUCAUGUCAAGUCGAGUUAAACGCUAAAUUGUCAAUAUCCUACACAAUUAAUGUUCAGCACACGUAACUUAGAAUCGACUAAUGGAAUAGUCGAGACAGUCGAGUCGAUUCUGAAUCAAUUAACAAAAGCCAAUUUGGACGAAGUCGCAUGACGCAAUCAGACUUGUCGCCUAUCGCUAGAUAGUUGGAGCUUGUUUGAGGUUUGUGAUUCAAAUAUUACUGAAACUGCUUAAUUGCUGGUACUAUUUGAAUUUUUCAUAAAAUAUUUUAAUAUUUUCCAAAAUUUAAGAGCUGGAAGAAGGCUCUUAAAAUGCGGAAUUUUGGUACUUUGGUAACUAAACUUACAUAACAAGUUACAAGAUAAGAUCACUAUAAUGAAAGACGAAUAUGAAAAGUAAAAGUAUUGAAUAUAUUUGCAAUGGUAUUUAAAUUAAAAUAUAAUAUCUGACUCAUGUAGAAGUUUCAUAGACCACCAUGCUUCCGGUGAAGGAACACAUCAUGAAGAAACCUGCACACUAUUAGCAAGCUCACCAGUGCAUAUUUCCUACUAGUCGAGGUAGGUAGUCUUAAAAGUCAUGUCAGAUGCCUUUAGGAGACUUGAAUUAAUAUUUGACACCAGUGUUGGCAAUUAACACAAUCGAAAAGGAAGAAAGAGUAAACAAUACGACAAACAAUUUGCACAGAGGUUUCCUAAUUAAUCAUUAAGACGUUGUGAGGCAGUAAACUUAUUAAACAUCGAAUGUACAGAUAAAGAUUCACUUUUUGUGCCCAAAUAUGCAUUUGCUCUAUAUUCUACUACUAUUCUAUGUUAUUAAUGCAAAAGUUGAAACGAUAUUUUACUUUUUAUCGCAGAUUUCGUAUGAGUAAAAUUCCGCUCAUAACUUUACAUUUGGCAACUAUUUAUACUUUGUUUUCAGGAGUAUGAUGAGUGAUCAGAAAACAGUUGUCGAAAACUUUAACGCAAUCUGAAAAAUCACGGAAAAGUAUAACUAGGCUAUGAAUAAUUUCGACGACCUCGGUGGCGCAGUGGUAAAGUGUUUGACUCUGAACCGAGAGGUCCUGGGUUCGAUCCCCGGUCGGGUCAUGAAGAAAAUGCUCUUUUUCUGAUUGGCCCGGGUCUUGGAUGUUUAUCUAUAUAUAUAUUUGUUAUAAAAUAUAGUAUCGUUGAGUUAGUAACCCAUAACGCAAGUCUCUAACUUACUUUGGGGCUAACUCAAUCUGUGUGAUUUUUCCUAAUAUAUUUAUUUAUUUGAAUUUAUUUAUUUCAUAUACCGUCUGUGUAUGAUAAAGUUAUCACCAUUGAUAUUGUAGAAUUAUAUGAUAUGAGCGAAUUAAAACAAUUUAAUGUUACUAUGCAUUUAUAAAAGAUUCCAUAUCUAGUUAUAUAUAGUUAAGUUACAAUAGACAUAUCUUAUAUACACCAUACGAUACAAUGCACAUAGCCUACUUAUCAUACAUUACCCUAACGCUUGUUUCCCAGGGGUGCAGUCUACUUAAACCCCCUUUUUUCUAAACCCUCUAUGUUUUGUGGAAACGGACUGAAUGCUUCAAGUUUAUCGAACUUAUGCUUUUGAUGUAGUCGACUUGAUAACCGUAAUUGAAUUCCCCAACCACUAGGCUUGUAGGGUUAAUUUGAUUGGAUGCGCUUCAACAAACUUAUAUUUCGAUUUUGUACUGCAUAUGGGUACAAUAUCUAUUAAAUAGUAUAAAACAAGGUUUCUGUUAAUACAUACUGAUAAAAAAUGACUUCUUUUAGCAUAAAAUUUGACAUUGAGAGAACGAGACAAAACCUACUUUAGCUUGAACUAUGCUUCACAGAACUUUAUCGAGAAGUAGCUUUAGCCCUCCACUUCGCCGCGUGAGUUUCUCUGCGAAAGCAGAACAGUCAUAAUUUUCAUAAAAACUUUCAAUCCCACAUAGUAUUUGGUCUUGAUUUUCAACAAAAAAAUUAACCUAUUUUUGAACGGGGUUCAGUAACUAUAUGUACUUAUACCAAAUUUACUCAAAGUCCGCCCAGAGCCAUGAAAGCGAAAUAAACAUACGGACAGACUUUUGCAUUUAUAAUAUGAAUGGUUAAUCUUUUUUAUGAAUAACAUGGUUAUUAAAAAACAUAUGAAAAAAUGCUACAAAAAUAUAUAUAUUACAAAAAACUCGGAACAAUAUUAAAAAUAGAAGUGAUAUCCCUAAACCCAAUAGCUAUUUAGUGGUUACCGGAGCAUUCCGCCUCGAGCAAUUUAAUUAAAACACCCUGGGGAAUCCAGUGCAAUCUGGCUUGAGGAUCUCGGAUUGCGAUUUAAAAAGGCGGGAAAUAAAUGGUAUGAUUAAUCGCAAAUUACUCGAUUGUAUUCGAGUGCCGAACGCGAUCGUUGACGAAUUAAAUGAAUUCUAUUGUUGACGAAAUAAUGAACAACAAGUAAAGAACAAAAAGUGUGAGAACGUUGCCAAGAAAAUAAUAUAUGUAUUUCUAGAAUAACACAGCGUUAGUUAGUCCAUGCCUAGGUAAGGUAAAAUAUAUUUAUAGACUAUGAUAUUUACUUGUCUAAUACGGAAGUAUUAGAUCACACAUAUCUCUUUAACCUUAUGUAUUCCCAGUUUCAUUCGUGGCUGCAACGCCGUGAAACCUUCAGAGCAAAAAAAUAAAUCUUAAAUUGUUCAAGUAUAAUGAGAUCUAUAUGGACAUGAAUAAGAAAAGUAAGAGAGCAGAGAAUCAUGUAAGCUACUUUAUAAAUGACAGUAUUUGUUUUAAUCGAAGUAAAUCUGUUUUGGGAUCUGUCUUAUCACACUAAGCAUUACAUGAUAAUAACAUGAUAUCAGUAUUUUUUGGGAAUCGUAUAGCAAGUACCAAUGAAUAUUGAGUAAUCGCCACGUUCACUUUGAUAUUGGAUGUUCUUACUGAUUGCCUAAGUGCAAGCGAGAAAAGUAUAUUUUAAUCAACGUCGUCGGUUAGUACAUGUGACUGAACUAGUACCGCUCGCUUAUCCAGUUGCUGGCCAGUAUUAUUAUGACUUUAGUCAUCAUCAUUGUAUUUUUUUUUUAGUUUGGUAUUCCACUUAUUAAGUACAACAUAAGAAAGUGUUGGUGGGUUAUUCCUGCGGUAAAUUAAAACUAUUGUAUUUGGACAGAAACUUUGAAUAGACCUUAAACAGAAAUGAAUCAAAUCGAAGAUCCUUUAGUAGAAAUUCCUAUGGAGAAAUGGUCUGAUCUCCAGAAAGAGUUCCAGCAAGACUGGCCACGAAGUAUUGCUGGGUACUGGGCCCUAGAAGUCCAGCGGGAAUGGAGACGACGGGGUUUGGAACACGACUUCCAUGUAUACUGCCCAUAUGGUGACGUCAGAAAUGGAAUGGUCAUAAGUCAAAUAAAGGGCCCAGUCCACGACCUACUAAUACAAUGUCCACAUGAUGACACCACAAAAAUCCAGGAAGCUUUACAAAGAACCAAUAGAAUAGAAUGGAACCGACGAUAUGUGAUACCCUGUCCACCGAGUCACAUCACACAAUGCAUACAAGCAGUCAUGAAAGACAUAAAAAUGGUAAUCAGACGACCUGGAACACCACAUCACAUGUUUCUUUUGCCGAAAGAAACGCCAAUUUUUGAAGAUAUAAGAUUAUCAGAAGGAGUGACAUUCAAGAUGUUAACCGAAGAGCAUAUAGAUAUAGUAGACUCGACAUGGGUCAACCGGCACACUGGUUCCGACUGGUUUUUCAAGCUAUUAGUCAAGGCCAAAAGCGGCUAUGGAAUAUUCCAGAAUGGGGAAUUAGCAUGCUUUGUGUUCACUAAUGAAAUAGGCUUCCUCACACACCUUUUCACGCUGGAGAAGUUUCGAAAAAAAGGAUAUGCGGAAAUUCUUCUCAAAUCCGUGUGUAAUAUCCUUUUUAAGGAAAACAAAGAUGUCUAUUGUUAUGUAAUGGAAGGAAAUGACAGUGCUAUUAGACUGUAUCAUAAAUUAGGAUUCAAGAAGUAUCAUUGUGUGUUAUGGGGAUUCCUAGCACCAGAGUCGUCUAAAUUGUAAAUUCAUAUUUAAUUAUUACCUACUUAGAAUCUUGCCCAAAACUACUAUUUCAAAUAUUUAAUGUGCAAUAUUAACAAGUUUUAAGAUUUCUGUAAACUUAAAAAAAUGUAAUUACUUCACUAUUUUUUCCUCUUUAUAAAUAUGUUUCAUUAUCAAUAGAAAUAAAUAUAUUUCCCUAACUCAAAAGUAACUGAAACAAGAAAUCGGUAAUGCGAAUUUUAUUUCGCAGAAAGAGUUCGGUUGUGACUGCAGUAAAUAUUUGUACUACUCAUUUCUAAUUUUCUGAGCCGUUGAAGUAUGAAAUAAGUCCUCUGUAUAAAUAUUUCUGAGGCUUGCCGUACUUAAUGGGUGAAUAGGGUCCCCUUGUCGGAUAAAGUAACCUUAAGCUGGCCAAACAUAUUGGAUUUGUGAAUCAUAUUUCGAUCGAAAUAUUUGAUUCUAAAUACUUCUUAUAUAAUUUGUUUUAUUGACAUGGGAAUUAAAUAUUGUAACUGUAACAAAUGAAAACUGUAAUAAAUAUAAAUACGAUUACAAUCCUU